UCAAUAAUGUCUGGCAGAGGUAAAACCGGCGGAAAGGCCAGAGCGAAGGCCAAGACUCGCUCUUCCCGCGCUGGGCUCCAGUUCCCCGUCGGCCUUGUUCACAGGCUGCUGCGUAAAGGCAACUACGCACAUCGCGUUGGUGCCGGCGCCCCCGUCUACCUGGCGGCUGUGCUGGAGUACCUCACCGCUGAGAUCCUGGAGCUGGCUGGAAACGCCGCCCGCGACAACAAGAAGAGCCGUAUCAUCCCCCGCCACCUGCAGCUGGCCGUCCGCAACGACGAGGAGCUCAACAAACUCCUGGGCGGAGUGACCAUCGCUCAAGGCGGCGUGCUGCCCAACAUCCAGGCUGUUCUUCUGCCCAAGAAGACCGAGAAGGCCCACAAGUCCAAGUAA